UCCAAGAAAACUUCGUCAUCAUACAGUUAUAUUUGAUUCAUCAAAUUCGACAGUCAGCUAUAGUUGUAAAAAAUUUGAAUUUGUUGGUAUUUUAUAUGCUUAUGCUUUAAAGGUGCUUUCCUUUCAGAAUUUUAAAUGAGUUCCAGAUCAAUAUAUAUUAAAAGGAUGGACCAAGGAAGUGAAGAUUGGAGUUGUGGUAAAUUCUUCAACAUCCACUAGAUCAAAUGAUCCUAAAGUAGAUGUAAGUGCUCGUUACAAAGUUUUGCUUCGAUGGUAUUCUAAUUUAGCAACAAGAGCUGCAAUGAGUGAGCAAUCAUUUAAUAUGGCUAUGAGUGAUGGAGAAAAGACAUUGAGCAAAGUUGAGACAGUUUUGAAGCAGUUAUCAAUUGAAGAGUCUCGAAGCUUCGAAAAUGGAAAACAAGUUUGUCAAUUUGACGAAAGUGGGCAUAAUGAGAAAGAAAGCCAAAAAAUCAAGGGAAUCAAAUGUAAACCUAAAAAUAAAGGAGAUAAAUCAUCUCAACGACAAAAAAAUGCUUUGGAAAAAGCUAAAAGAAAGAAAAGACUUCAAAUUGAUAAAUUAGUAGAGACUCCACUAGUUCAAGAGGAUUCAAGUCAAAUUGCUCAUACUUUGUACCAUAGUGCUACAAGUGGAUUCAAUCAAUCAAACUCAUGUUGAUAUCCAUCAAUCUACUAUCGCAAGCAUGGUGGAUUUAC